AUGUCGUCCCUCCGCGACCAAGUCCUCUCGCAAUACCGCCACGCAGCAACAACCAUUGCCUCAUCCUCGCAUACAAUUCCUCCCCAGUCGCCAUCAUCAAACCCUCCCUCGCCAGACCCCAAAGCAGAAGCGCUCCAACUCCUCCUCCACCGUCAAGCCCAUCUCCUCCUCAAACUAGACUCAGCCGCCAGCCAAAGCCAAAAUGACACCAAAUAUCAUCCCGACAACAUCGACCUACGCCUCCUCCAGCUGCGCCUCUCUGACCUCGCGUCCACCUGCAUGACGGCAUUCUACGCAUACCGAUUCGAUCUGCUGCCGUAUCACUGGCGAUGGAUGUACACGGACACGCUGAUCCUCAUGUCUCACUACAAAGUCGUGCGGAAUAUCCGACGAGCUUCUUUUUGCGAAAAUGUGCUGGAUGAGGUUGUGGAGGAUCUGGACAGGGCGCUGAUUGUGGCGGGGGGCGCGGGUGGUCUGGGGGCGGAGUGGAUCGAGAAGAUGCUGGAUUUGCUGCAGCGUUUUUCCUGUGAAGAAGAGGCUGAUGAGAGAAUGGAGUCUUCUUCUCCUCCUCGGAAGAAACGCAAACAAGGGCUUGUCAUCAAUACGGGCGACGUGGUAACCUUUUCUACUGCCGAGCCGUAUGGUCGACCGACUCUUUCACCAGAGAGGACAUGUCCCCGGUACGACAACUGGACGCUGGAGCGAUUCGAGCGGUACAUGAACGAGGACAGCAAAGGAAAGCCCAAACCCGUCGUCUUUACGGAUUUGAUAGGGGAGUGGCCUGCGUUUAGGGACAGGCCGUGGAACAGCGCGGAGUAUCUCCUCGAGAGGACGUUUGGGGGCCGGAGGCUGGUGCCUGUGGAGGUGGGGAGGAGUUAUGUCGAUGAGGGGUGGAGGCAGGAGUUGGUUCCCUUUAAAGACUUUUUGAAGAAGUAUAUUGAUCCUACCAUCUUGACCCCUGGGAAUGAGGAGGACGGGGUGUAUGGGGCAUUUGAUGAUGAGGCUGAGGAGGAGAGCAGUAGCAGCACGUAUAAGAAGGCAUCGAAAAAGGUCGGCUACCUCGCCCAGCACAACUUGUUUCAGCAAAUCCCCGCGCUGAGAAAGGACAUCCAAGUCCCCGACUUCUGCUGGGCCGACGUGCCCCCCCAUCCAACAGAACCCUCCAAGAACCAGCCUCGUCUGCAGGUCCCCCAGCUCAACGCCUGGUUCGGCCCAGCAAAGACAAUCACGCCGCUUCAUACAGACGGAUACCACAAUCUACUGUGCCAGGUCGUGGGGACGAAAUACGUCAGGCUGUAUGCCCCUGAGGAAACGAGGUGGUUAAGGCCGAGGGGGACGGAACAUGGCGUUGAUAUGAGCAAUACGAGCGAGUUGGAUGUCGGUGUGCUGGAGGGCUGGGAUGAGGAGGAGGAAGAGGAGGGUGGUGUUGUUGAUUGGGAGAGUGUGAGGGAGGAGUUGAAGGGUGUGCCGUAUUGGGAGACGGUGCUGGGGCCAGGCGAUACGUUGGUGAUUCCUAUCGGGUGGUGGCAUUAUGUGCGGAGCUUGAGUAUCAGCUUCAGCGUCAGUUUCUGGUGGAACUAG